GUAUAUAUUGGUUAUGAGGUAAACUUUAUAUAUUGGCUAAUAGUAUCUUUCACUUUUAGAUGAAAGUUCUCCUGCAAAUUUUUGGGAUUCUAAAAACAGAGGUGUAACAGGAACGCAGAAGGGACAAAUUGUCUGGAGAAUUGAAACAGGUCCAUAUUUUAUGGAACCUGAAAUUAAAAUUUGUUUCAAGUAUUAUCAUGGAAUCAGUGGAUCUUUGAGAGCUACAACACCCUGCAUCACUGUGAAAAAUCCAUCUGCUAUGAUGGGAGCUGAUGGCACUGAAGGUUAUUCCGCUAGCCAACAAUGUAGAAAAUUAGCCAGCUUUACUCUAUCAGAUCUCAGAGCAGUAGGGUUAAAGAAGGGAAUGUUUUUUAAUCCUGACCCUUAUCUGAAGAUGUCUAUUCGACCUGGAAAGAGAAGCACAUUUCCAACAUUUGCACAUCAUGGCCAGGAAAGGAGAUCAACUAUCAUAGCGAACACUACAAAUCCAAUAUGGCACAGAGAGAAAUAUUCAUUUGUUGCACUUUUAACUGAUGUUUUGGAAAUUGAAAUAAAAGAUAAAUUUGCCAAAAGUCGUCCUAUCAUCAAGAGGUUUCUUGGAAAAUUAACUAUUCCGGUUCAAAGACUCUUGGAGAGACAUGCAAUUGGUGAUCAAAUACUCAGCUAUAAUCUUGGUAGAAGACUCCCAACCGAUCAUGUCAGCGGAUAUUUACAGUUCAAAGUUGAAAUUGUGUCAUCAGUUCAUGAUGAUGCUUCUCCAGAGGCAGUGGGCACAAUGCUUGCGGCAAGUAACAUAAAUGGAGACCUUGGUACACCUUCUGAUGAUGAAGAGAUGCCUGCUGGUCAAGAUGUGCAUUCUACAUGUUCCAAUGGCCCAGUUCUUGCAGAAACCUUUUUAGAUGGAUUAAGAUGCGGCAGUUCUGCUGAGACAGACUGUGAAGAGGCAGCUAGUACUUCAAGGAUAUCUCCCAUCCGUAGUCGCCAGGAUUCACUCAAUGACUACCUUGAUUCCCUUGAACAUAGCAACAGUGCCAAAAGCAGUGCUGCUACAUCUGUCCCCUGCGAUCGAUCAUUAGGCGCAUCACCAAAGCUAAGAAGCAGCUUUCCUACUGACACAAGACUUAAUGCCAUGCUUCACAUUGAUUCAGAUGAAGAAGAUCAUGAAUUUCGGCAGGAAUUGCUAUGUAAUUCCCCCCUCCUGGAUGAAGGUGGCCUUGUUUUACAUUGUGGUACUAAUAAAAAAAAAGAUAAUUGUUUGGGUUCAGAAGCAAAUCGAGUGGAAAGUGGAAACUGUGAUAAUGCACAACUGAAUUUACAAACUUCUGAUAUCAGUGGAAGUAACAUGCAGGCCAUUAGUUUAGACCUUCCAGCUGGAGGAACAGCUGAUCAGGAGGAUGAAAUUACUGUGGCAGUUAAUGUUGAUGUGGAGGGUGCAUCAUGUAUUGCCAUGGAAACACAGGCAUCCUCAGCUGUAAGCUCUGAGAGACAGGAGGGGAUCCCAAACAGGGAAAGUAAUGUGGAUACAAAUUCUACUGACUCAAUGAUGGGUACAUCUUCUCAGGUAUUGUCUGAAAUGGGUGCAAGCAGCUCGUUACAUACGCAGACUUCAUGUGAAGGCAGUAGAGUUGCAGAGGAAGGGGCAAGUAAAAAUAAUAAUGGUACACUUUUUAAUUGUAAUGCUACUUCUAGCAGUUUUACACACAAUGCCUGUUCUUCAUCUUUAGAAAGUACAGAAAUCGCUGGGUUUUCCCAAAAAGACAAAGGAUGUGGGGCCUUUGAAUUUGAAUCUGAGUGUUCUGGUGGUUUAGAAGUACAGGCUUCUCUAUGCAAUCCUUGUUCUCUUCCAAUUGUAAACAUCAGCCGAAAUAGAGAUGGAGAUCAAGAAUUACAGAAUGAAGUAGAAGGGACAGAGGAAAUUUGGCAGAGAAGGAACAUGCAAACAGUUUCAACCAGUGGUCAGCCGACUCAGGAUGAAGAGACUGGUAGCGCGCAGGCAGCAUGCAGAAGUAUGAUACAGUCAAGUGUACAAAGUGAAGGUGCCUCAUCAGGUUCUCAGUCAAAUGGCCAUCAAGCUUUAAGAUCACUUCCUUCAGUCCGGCAAGAUGUCAGCAGAUACCAGAGGAUAGAUGAAGCUCUGCCACCUAAUUGGGAAGCGAGAAUUGACAGUCAUGGAAGGAUAUUUUAUGUUGAUCAUGUAAAUCGUACAACAACAUGGCAGCGUCCUACAGCGCCUCCAGCUCCACAAAUUCUGCAGAGGUCAAAUUCUAUUCAGCAGAUGGAGCAGCUUAAUAGACGGUAUCAAAGCAUCCGAAGAACAAUGACAAGUGAUCAGCCAGAUGAGGCGGCAAAUCCAGUUGAUGCAGUGGUACCAGCUGAGGAUGUUGAUUAUCAUCAUUCAAAUGCAGACUUCCACAGAGAGAAUGCACUUCCUCAUUCUACCUCAAGGUCGAGGCUCAGUCUGCUUCUUCACUCUCCCCCAGUGAAAUUCCUCACUAGUCCUGAGUUCUUCACAGUUUUGCAUUCAAACCCUAGUGCCUAUCGCAUGUUUACAAAUAAUACUUGUUUGAAGCAUAUGAUCACCAAAGUUCGGAGAGAUGCACACCAUUUUGAACGUUACCAACAUAAUCGGGAUCUUGUAGGAUUUUUGAAUUUAUUUGCCAAUAAGCAAGUUGAGUUACCAAGAGGCUGGGAAAUGAAACAUGAUCAUCAAAGCAAGCCCUUCUUUGUUGAUCACAAUUCUAGAAGCACUACAUUUAUUGACCCACGUCUUCCAUUACAAAGCAGCAGACCAACUAGUGCACUAUUACAUCGGCAGCACUUAACAAGGCAACGCAGCCACAGUGCUGGGGAGGUUGGAGAAGAUGCACGACAUUCAGGGCCCCCAGUUUUACCUAGGCCUUCUAGCACCUUUAAUACGGUCACUAGAGGUCACUGUCAGGAUAUGAUGCCAGUAGGUUACAAUGAAAAAAUUUGUAGCGUUCUUGCGUCAACCGAACAUCUUUGAAAUUCUCCAGGAACGCCAGCAUGAGCUCUGCCGAAACCAUUCUCUCAGGGAAAAGAUACAGUUUAUUCGGGCAGAAGGACCCUCAGGACUUGUUCGCCUCUCUGGUGAUGCAGAUCUUGUUAUUCUAUUAAGUCUUUUUGAAGAAGAAAUAAUGUCAUAUGUUCCACCACAUGCCUUAUUACACCCCAGCUAUUGCCAGUCUCCACGUGGCUCGCCAGUGUCUUCUCCACAAAACUCCCCUGGAACUCAGCGUGCCAAUGCCAGAGCACCAGCACCUUAUAAGAGGGAUUUUGAAGCUAAGUUACGGAAUUUCUACCGAAAAUUAGAAACUAAAGGCUAUGGUCAAGGACCUGGGAAAUUAAAAUUAAUUAUAAGAAGAGACCAUUUACUUGAAGAUGCCUUCAACCAAAUCAUGGGAUACUCCAGGAAAGAUCUGCAGAGGAAUAAGCUGUAUGUUACUUUUGUUGGCGAAGAAGGAUUGGACUACAGUGGGCCAUCAAGGGAAUUUUUUUUUCUUGUCUCAAGAGAAUUAUUUAACCCAUAUUAUGGUUUAUUUGAAUAUUCUGCAAAUGACACUUAUACGGUACAAAUAAGUCCAAUGUCUGCAUUCGUUGACAAUCAUCAUGAAUGGUUUAGAUUCAGUGGCCGAAUCUUGGGUCUUGCACUCAUACAUCAGUAUUUACUAGAUGCCUUUUUCACACGCCCAUUUUAUAAGGCCCUUCUACGAAUACUUUGUGAUUUGAGUGAUUUGGAAUAUUUGGAUGAAGAAUUUCACCAGAGCCUGCAGUGGAUGAAGGACAAUGAUAUCCAUGAUAUUCUGGACCUUACUUUCACCGUGAAUGAAGAAGUAUUUGGGCAGAUUACAGAGAGAGAACUUAAACCAGGAGGAGCAAACAUUCCUGUAACUGAGAAGAACAAGAAAGAAUACAUUGAAAAAAUGGUGAAAUGGCGAAUUGAAAGAGGAGUUGUACAGCAGACGGAAAGCCUGGUGCGGGGCUUUUAUGAGGUGGCAGAUGCUCGUCUCGUCUCUGUGUUUGAUGCAAGGGAGCUUGAGCUGGUUAUUGCAGGAACAGCAGAGAUUGAUUUAGGAGAUUGGAGAAAUAAUACAGAGUACAGAGGAGGCUACCAUGACAAUCACAUUGUCAUCAGAUGGUUUUGGGCUGCUGUUGAAAGGUUUAACAAUGAGCAGCGUCUCCGUUUGUUACAGUUUGUUACAGGUACUUCUAGUAUCCCAUAUGAAGGUUUUGCCUCCCUCAGAGGCAGUAAUGGGCCAAGACGUUUCUGUGUGGAGAAGUGGGGAAAAAUCACAGCUCUUCCAAGGGCCCAUACAUGUUUCAACCGACUAGAUCUUCCACCUUAUCCUUCAUUUUCUAUGCUUUAUGAGAAGAUGUUAACUGCAGUUGAGGAAACAAGUACAUUUGGCCUUGAGUAA